AUGUCAGCUAUGUCUCGGUAUGUGCGCCAGUUUAGUCAGAAGCUGGCUCACAGGCGGCCGCUGGAGGCCAGAGCAGAGUCUGAGAGUCCCGAAGCCCAUCUCAACACCCUCGACCUGGUGGCCUUGGGUGUGGGCAGAACCCUGGGAGCUGGCGUGUACAUCCUGGUUGGUGCAGUGGCCAAAGUGAGAGCUGGACCAGCGACUGUCAUCUGCUUCCUGGUGGCCGGCCUGUCCUGUGUGUUGUCUGGGCUCUGCUAUGCAGAGUUUGGGGCCCGGGUCCCAGGCUCCAGUUCUGCAUAUCUCUACAGCUACAUUACCAUGGGACAACUCUGUGCCUUCAUCACUGGCUGGAACCUCAUCCUGUCUUUGGUCAUCGGCACCGCCUGUAUAGCCCGGGGCUGGAGCUCCGCCUUAGACAGCCUGACUGGGAACCACAUCUCUCAGGGGUUACAGGGAACUCUCUCUCUGCAUGUGCCCUACUUCCUGCCCACCUAUGCAGACUUUGUCGCCCUGGGCCUGGUGCUGCUGCUCACAGGAGUACUGGUCCUGGGAGCUCGCGAGUCGACCCUGGUUUACAAAGUGUUCACGGUCAUCAACCUUUUGGUUCUCAGCUUUGUCAUCCUCUCUGGCUUCGUUAAAGGAGACCUGCACAAUUGGGAGCUCACAGAACAGGACUACAAACUGCACACAUCUGGAUCCACUGACACGUAUAGUUUGGAACGCUUGAACCCUCUGGGUUCCGGAGGGUUCAUGCCCUUUGGCUUUGAAGGAAUUCUCCACGGGGCAGCUACAUGUUUCUACGCAUUUCUUGGUUUUGAUUCCAUUGCCACGAGAGGGGGAGAAGCCCUAAAUCCUCAGCAUUCCAUCCCCUUCAGCAUCAUGACUUCUCUCUUCAUCUGCUUUUUGGCAUAUUUUGGAGUCUCAGCGGCACUCACCCUCAUGGUGCCCUACUACCAGAUUCAGCCCCAGAGCCCCUUGCUGCAGGCUUUUCUCCACGUAGGCUGGGGCCCUGCCAGAUACUUUGUGGCUGUUGGCACCCUCUGUGCUCUUACAUCCAGCCUCCUGGGUACCAUGUUCACCAUGCCUCGGUUGAUCUGGGCAAUGGCAAAGGAUGGGCUCCUUUUCCGGGGACUUGCCUGGAUCUAUGGUCACACAGGCACCCCCGUCACGGCCAUCAUGGCUUCUGGAAACAUUGCAGCGGUCAUGGCAUUACUGUUCGAAUUCACGGAUCUUGUGGAUCUCGUAUCUGUUGGGACCCUGCUUGCUUAUUCCCUGGUGGCUUUUUCUGUGCUUGUCCUCAGAUACCAGCCAGAUCAGAUCUUAAGCAAGAAGGAGAAUACAGAAGACAAAAUUGAGAUGAAGUCUGAGGUUGAAGGAAGUCUUUUGAACUCUGAGCCUGAAGCAGGAACUGCAAACAUUCUAAAGACUCUGUGGUUCCCUACCAGCACCAUCCCCACCCGGAAAUCUGGGCAGAUUGUCUAUGGAUGUGCUUCCCUGCUUGUUCUCCUGCUGAGCAUCCUGAGCCUGAUCCUGGCCCAGUGGCCCAGCCAGGUGUUCUCUGGAGACCCCGUGCUCACAACAGUGGCUGUGCUGCUGCUGCUGCUCAUCACUGGGGUCACGGUCAUCAUCUGGAGGCAGCCCCAGGACCCCACUUAUCUUUAUUUUAAAGUCCCUGCUCUGCCUAUCCUCCCACUGGUGAGCAUCUUUGUGAACGUUUCCCUGAUGAUGCAGAUGACCUCUGGGACCUGGGCCCUAUUUGGCAUCUGGGCAGCGAUUGGAUCUGUCAUAUACUUUGGAUAUGGGAUCCGACACAGCCUGGAGGAGAACAAUGAGCAACAGCCACCAGGCCCCACCUCCCAGACUGACAAAAACAUCCCUGGUGCUGGGUCAUCAUAA